AUGUCAGAUGGUAACUCCCCAGCGGAGGAGAUUCUUCCAACUCCAGCCCCGGCUGCCCCAGCUCCUCCAGUUGUUCCAGCUGCUCCAGCUUCAGAUUCCAGGCCGCUGAACGAGCUUCAGGAUUACCCUGAUGCCAAGGGUAGCACUAUAAGGAAUGAUGCAGAGAGCAAGGACAUUGCAGCUACAGCCAUCAGGAGCAAGAGCCAUGACACGAGCGCAAGGCCGAACAACGAGACCGAGGAGGUGCUGGCCCCUGCCCCACGUAAAUCUGGCAGACGGAAGACAAUGGAACCUUCACGAGCUAGGAAAUCUCCGCUGGAACGGCAGAGAUUGUCAAAGUCCCCUGAAGGAAAUGAGCAGGAGUCUAGACGUGUGGGCGUUCGCAGCAAGACUGAUGCAGACUUGUCGAGGACGAUCCGUGUGAUAGAGGCAGAAGGAGAGGCAAAGGACACGGCAGCUACAGCCAUCAGGAGCAAGAGCCAUGACACGAGCGCAAGGCCGAACAACGAGACCGAGGAGGUGCUGGCCCCUGCCCCACGUAAAUCUGGCAGACGGAAGACAAUGGAACCUUCACGAGCUAGGAAAUCUCCGCUGGAACGGCAGAGAUUGUCAACGUCCCCUGAAGGAAAUGAGCAGGACAUGGUAGCUACAGCCAUCAGGAGCAAGAGUCAUGAAGCUGAUGGGAGGGUACCCCAGCAGGCGGACGAGGAAUCGUCUUCUCCGUCCAGAUUGCGUGAGUUUCUGAAGCCAACAGUUGAUUUUGUUGCAUUGUCCAAGUUGGUGGCGAAAAAGAACAUCAAACAGAGGAAUCAAACGAAGGCAGACAAGCCUGAAGUACCGGUGCCACCAACUCGAGAUUUGCAACUGAUCAGGAUGACCUUCAGCACAGCACGCAGAGCCAUUCUGAGGAGGGCUUCUGUCGGCCAUGCUGACCAUGGAUCUCCGAGAACAGCCAUUCGCUUGGCCAUCCGAACAGUUGGUCGGGCUGCAAGCAUGGCUAUGAGGGGACGUCGAGCCAAGGCCGUCCGCAUGAUGCGAAUCUUCGUGGCGGCGAAGAAGCGAAACGACUUCCCAGAGGAACAACGACGCUACAAUGCGGAAGUUCAAAUGGACGAGAUCAUGGAGGAGCAUGUGACGAGCAUCUUUUGGCAAUGUGUGCUGCUGAAAAUUGACACCUAUGAGAACAUCAUUCCAGAACUCCUGAAAGCCUUCGCAGAGCCUGGUGCGGGCGUCAUGGAAUCUAUGCCAGAUUUGCGUAGAGUGCUAGAGGCACACCUCAGGCAUCUUGAGGCCGAGGUUGAUGACGCAGUCGAGUCCGGAGACUAUGAUGCGAGCACCAACUCCAGUAAAACGAAGCAGGAAUAUCGGCGCAUUGUGGAGAAAGUGAUGGAAGAGGCCUCACAUAUUAGGUCCUUGGUGAUCUACUCACGAACGAUUUCCCGGAUGGGACGAAUGCAGAAUGUGGCACAUGGGGAUGAUGCCGAAUCACUGCUCAACAAGAUCAUGCAGCUGGACGCUUCCAAAAGACUGCUGCGAAAACUCACAGAGGACUCCGAGGAGCCUGUGCUGCGAAUGCGGCCGCCACGGCCGCGCCGUCGACGGGUCAAGGCCAAGGGCUCCCAAUCUGAAUCGCAGAGAGGGGAUGAGUCAAAUGAGCUGGACGAGUUUGGCAGGGGAACUCUAGAGGUGGAAUCUGGAAGAGCGGAUGCAUCAAGUGACAGAGGUGAGUCUCUAUCAAGUGAAAACAGUAGUAGUGAGUCGUACUCCUCAGAGUCUGAAGCAAUAGAAGAAGAGGAUGAAGACAUAGAAGAUGACACACAGAGGCCCAGAAGCGAUAUUGAUGCGUCCCCACUUGAUAAUGCGACUUCAGAGGCUGGAGAUUCAGAACUUGAAGCCCCAAGUGUGAGCGCUGCGGUUGAAAAGAAUGAGCAGCAGCAGCAGCAGGAGCAGGAACAUGCCAAUGAGAUGGCUGAAGCAGGAGAAAGAGGAGAGAGAGGAGGGCAGAGAGGAGGAGGAGAAGGAGGAGGAGGAGAAGGAGGAGAAGAUGGAGGAGAAGGAGGAGGAGGAGACCAUGAAGAAACUGAGAAAGCAAGGGAUGCCAGGGAUGCGACCCAUGGGCAUGACGGACCCCAAGAAAGCCAAAGCUCAAGGCCUCCAACUUUUGCAAGUGAGGGAAGCCGCACCUUCAGUGGGAAGUUGACUCUUGGACCAGACUGGCGACGAUUGGUCUCUGAGGCCGCUGAGGAAGCGAUAAAUUUAGAGGCCAUGUGGGCAGAGUCUGCGGAGCUUGUGCACAUCGCGACUCUUGAGCUCUCCGAAGAUUGGGAGCAGAUAGCUGAGGAGUACAUAGCAGAUUGCGAAGAAAGAGUUGUGAUCAAGGACAACAGAGGGCAGAUCUUGACUUUGCCUGGUGAUGUGCCAAGUCCAUCAGACUUUCCAUUGGAAGUCUUCCAACAGGACACCAGCAAGGCAGUUUUGACUUUGCCCGGUGAUGUGGGAAGCCCAUCGUAUUCUUCCGCAAUCCGGGAGGACCAGGAGACUCCACAAAGAUCAACAAGCAAGGCUCAAGUGAAGAGGCGUUUGAUCUAUUCCAAUGCCCCCAAGGGCCGCGGUAGGAUGGCUUUCUCCUGGGGGGCCUGGGAGGAAGAUGAACCACAAACUUCACGAGCUCCCAGCAGGACCGCCACUGCAGAGCACCUGAACCAUCUUGACAUCUUGGUUGAACAGGCUGACGUGCCUUUGGCAUCACUGGAAGGAAGAAGUCCUGGACCGCCUGGAAGCACUCCUAGUCUAGCGGGAAACAGUCCUGGACUGCCUGGAAGUACGCCUGGUGUACCUGAAAACAGCCCUGAAGAGCCUGGAAGUUUGCCUGGAUCGCGGGAAAGUGAAAAGAGGACUCCGUCAACAGGAACCCAGAGCUUCGCUUGGCUCCAGGACUCAGUCUUGCCACGAAAAGUCAAAAUGAAUCUUCAAAAGCUGCGACAUGAUCCUGGUGCUGAGGUGAGAGGCUCACCGGUGACCUCAGUAGAGAUGAGGUCUACAAUGUACCCGGCCUCACCAAAGAUCGUGAAGGUGAACGGUGAGUCUUCCCUGGCAGCUCUGCGGCGCACCCGUAAGACGAGACAUUGCUGCUUGGAUGCGGACGAGGUGCGCAUUUUGAGAGAUCAGCAAGAGGAUGAGGAGCGGAUCAUAAGCUCUUGGCGAGAAAAUUCAGGUGAAGCUCUUGUCCCAAUGCUCGAUCUCCUGCCAGUGAUUGGUGGAGAGGCAUCCCGGGGAAAAUUUUGUGUUGCAAACAUGCCCUUUGGCCAUACUGCCAAGCCUCGCUUUCACUACACGGAGUUUGAGGAGAGCAACCAGGCCUAUCCCCAAGAAUUGCCUCGCCCAAAGACACAGCCUCCGCGACCAGGUACUCGAUUGCUCGGAAAGAUGAGAAGUCCACUUGUACAAAUCAAGGAGGAUUUCAGAAGCAUCACCAGCCUGACCAGCUUCCAUCGUUUGUGCAAAGUUCAGAAAUAG